GGGCGAGGGCCCGGGCGGCGGCGGCGGGCUGCAGCCGCGGCACGGUGAAAGCAUGUCCAAGCCGGUGGACCACGUCAAGCGGCCCAUGAACGCCUUCAUGGUGUGGUCGCGGGCUCAGCGGCGCAAGAUGGCCCAGGAGAACCCCAAGAUGCACAAUUCGGAGAUCAGCAAGCGGUUGGGCGCUGAGUGGAAGCUGCUCACGGAGUCGGAGAAGCGGCCGUUCAUCGACGAGGCGAAGCGCCUGCGCGCCAUGCACAUGAAGGAGCACCCCGACUACAAGUACCGGCCGCGGCGCAAGCCCAAGACGCUGCUCAAGAAGGACAAGUUCGCCUUCCCUGUGCCCUACGGCCUGGGCGGCGUGACUGACGCCGAGCACCCGGCGCUCAAGGCGGGCGCCGGGCUUCACGCCGGGGCGGGCGGCGGCCUGGUGCCGGAGUCACUGCUCGCCAACCCUGAGAAGGCGGCCGCCGCUGCAGCCGCCGCCGCCGCGCGCGUCUUCUUCCCGCAGUCGGCCGCAGCCGCCGCCGCCGCUGCCGCCGCCGCCGCAGCCGGCAGCCCCUACUCACUGCUCGACCUGGGCUCCAAGAUGGCAGAGAUCUCGUCGUCGUCGUCCGGCCUUCCGUACGCGUCGUCUCUGGGCUACCCCACCGCGGGCGCUGGCGCCUUUCACGGCGCGGCGGCCGCGGCUGCAGCGGCGGCCGCGGCCGCCGGGGGGCACACGCACUCGCACCCCAGCCCGGGCAACCCGGGCUACAUGAUCCCGUGCAACUGCAGCGCGUGGCCCAGCCCUGGGCUGCAGCCGCCGCUCGCCUACAUCCUGCUGCCCGGCAUGGGCAAGUCUCAGCUGGACCCCUACCCCGCGGCCUACGCCGCUGCGCUAUGACCCCGCGGGGCCGCCUCGCGAGGACCGGUGUGCACACGUGUACAUAUGUAUAGGUACGAGUUCCGCGGCCUCCCAGUGCGCCCUCAGGCCACUGGGGGCCCGGUUUGUAUAUACAUAAGAUGUAUAGGUGCCAGGCACUGGCAGAGAUGCCAGUCGGGGCGCGAGUGGCAGAGCGCGCGAGGGCGCGGGCGAGUGUGCGUGUGAAUUCACAGGAUCAUUUCCGACCCGCACUUCGGCAGCCAACUUUAAAAAGAGGGCGUUUGUAUCCGGCAGCAGUUGGUGUUUGCUUUGCACUUCGGAACCUGUUGCGUUUUGACCCACAUAGGUGGAGGAGUAACUUUUUGACAUGUUGGGCUUUCCAGUUUUGUUGUUGGGAGUUUUAUUGUCGAUUUUGCUUUUGUUUCUCUUUACUUUCCUUCCCCCCUCCACCCCCUCCCCCGUCUGCGCUGCAUGCACUCUGUUCAAAUAUUAGGUCUGAAAUGGCUGGCACACGGGAAAAGCUGAUCUGUGUCAUUAGUUUCUCCGAGCAGGAUAGCUCUGAACAGCCUUGCUCCCUGUUUGUACUAUUUGAACUUUGUAGAUCUCUGUUCUCCCAAGCAGAAUACCCAGACCGGAUCCAUUCUUGACCAGUGACCAGCUCGAAUCUGGCCUUUUGUAUGUGAGACGAUCACGGUUUCUUUUGUUUAUCACGCCACAUGCAAAUCAGAGCAAGAGCUCUUUUUCAAAAGAGCAAGAAAUCUAAACAAGACACAUGUGUGAGAUGAAAGUUGUCAAUUGAAUUUUCUCCCCCUUAAGGAAAAAAAAAAAAUCUACGAAGUCUCCCUGAGUCCACUGGUUUGGAUUUUUGACAUGGUUUACAAAAAGGGGAAAGAGCAAGGUUGCUAUUUUCCUCUUACGGCUGAAAUCAUCUUAAGAUUGUAAAUGUGUAUGUGUCAGUGAAAACUUGGAGUCUUGGAAAAUGUGUAAUUUUCGUCCCCCUAAAUUUGAGUCAGUUUUAGACUCAAAAACAUUUGAGCAAAUGUCAAAGUUAACUUUUAAAUAUUGCGGAACUGUUUCAGAAUCGCAAUUUUAUCUAAGAUUAAAUCAGACUUUUUGUCUGAGUGGUAAUUAUAUUUAUUAUUUAGGAAAACUGAAAGAAGCACAGAAUUGUUUUUGACAGAUGCCUCUCAUUUCCAGUUGUCAUUUCUCUUCCAACUUGAACCUUUUAAAUGUGUUUUGGAGUUCCCUCUUGGAUUAGCUUAUUUUUUAGAUCUCCUGCAAUACAUUUGCAAAUUUUGAUAAAACACAUUUUAGAAAAAAGAACCAUUCUCAGUUAUGGGGUUUUUUGUUGUUGUUGUUUUGUUUCCUUUUAAAUGUAUAUAUUUUGACUAAUGUUUGUGAAUGAAGUUGGCUAACAUGUAUUUAGUUUCAUUUUUGGCUUUAUGUAAUAUAAAGUUUUAAAAAGUUUAAAUAUUGGUUUUAACCUUUAUGUGUAAAUGGUUUUCUUGUGUGAUCUUCUAAUUUAAUAUUAGAUGCGUCUAAGCUAUAUCUGUAAAUUAGAAUCCGACUAUCACUCUGUUCAUUUUUUUGAACAAAGAGUUUAAAUAAAGCCUGAACCAGGGAAAAGAGAAAAUCCUCUAUUUCUUGUUGAGUUCCUAACAAGAUUUUUAUCUGAAUUGCCCUUACGUGCCUGGUCCAGGUGAAGUGUAAGGUAUCCUCCAAAGGCACCCUUUGUUUCACUUUUGAAUAGAUUUACUAGGAAAUCUAAAUCAAGCCAUUGUUAUUCAGAGCCAAAAACCUGAUUUAUCACAUUUUUAAUCGUGAAUAGGAAAGUAGAUUUAAAAAACCCAAGUAGUUGCAUUAUCUUUAAAAAAUAAAAUAAAAUAAAAGGCAUUCAUGAACCAGUAGAACAGAGCUCAUUGAAAACGUCCAGAGUGUUCAAAGCAUUUCACCAGUUUCCAGUAACAUUUUAAGAGGGGAAAGUUGCCUGACCACUUUAUCUUGUUAGUAGAAU